UUUUAGUUCGCCCUAUCCCGGUUCGCAAGAAAGAGCGAGCGAACUCCGGUCGUCCCGUCGAGUUCCUUAUUCGCUUGUCGGAUCCGAGGCUGCGCUUUCCAGGCAGGGCGCGGCGGGCGAUGCUGGUAACGCAGAGCGAGAGGCAAAGGUGAACAGCCCGGCCGACCUCCAGAGCGCCAAAUCCAGAAUGAGUCGGUCAUCCCGCGGCAUAGAUCUGAGUUUCUUAAAUGGCGAGGAAGCCCGGCAGAUCCUCAAGGUGUUGGAGCGGGACUCGCAACUCAAAAAAGCCGAAAAAGAAAGGCUGAGCAAACAUCAAAAGAAAAAUGAAGAUGCAGCAGGGUGUCCAGGACUGACAGGACAAUGGCUUGAAGAUUUCCAUAAGAGAAAAUUUAAAAGUGAGACGGAUAUCAGCAGAACACCAAAACAACCACUAGCUCACCGGUUGAAAAAGGCCAUGGGACACAAUCCUGCAAACACAAAAGGUUCUGCUUUAGAAGUCCCCCAAGCCCAGAAACCUGGAUCCACUUCCAUACUAGAAGGACUGAGAACACCGUUUGCUUCUCUGUUCUCGUCCUUCAGGAAAUCCAGAAAGCAGCAUUUAAACUCUCCGCAAAAGCAGCAGCAAAACUCUUUACGACAUGACCACAUGACUUCAGGUGCCGUCACAUCUUUCAAAGCAGAAGAAAUGGCAACGAUGUGCAACUCCUCUUUGCCCUCUGAACUUACAAAUAAGUUCCUCGAUGCAAACAUAGCUGGUGUGAUGGACAACACGUCAACGUGGAAUGAGGAGCUGGAAAAUGAGCUUUUAAAAGUUUUGGACAGUCUGGAUAACCAGCUGGCAAAAGAACAAUCUCAAGAUACUAUGAAUAUAAGAACUCCAACUAACUAUGGCUCUACAGCACCAGAAAUCCAACAUCAUUCCACUGUUGUGCAACCAAAUUUCCUUGGAGAAGUACAGAGAAAUGACCAAAACUUGUUUUUCCCAGAUAGAACAAGGACAUUAAGAGCCAGAGAUAAAUACAAAACUCUCUUCACACCAAGGAAGCUUUAUGAUAACUAUACGAAGCAGCAUUACCCAGAAAAAUACACAUAUGGGGAUUUGUGUGAUGAAAGAUCUUCUGUUUUGAAGAGAGGAUAUUCUGCUUGUUCUCUUGGACGUUCUUCAGAAGAUAGGUUGGCAUUUCCAUCAGGAUCAUACAGUAAUGGAUUUGGUCCUCAGAACUUCAUGUGCAAGAAUAAAAUGGGCAGAAGUUACUCUUUGUCUUGCCUUACAAGGCGCUCGUCUUUGAUGUCUGCUGAUGGGUUUUCCACCGGUACCUUACAGCAUGAUUUGGAAAACAAUAUGGACUUCCCAAAAGUCAACUUCCACAAUCAUUCCAGACGGACUCCUCUUUCAUCUAUUGCAUGGAAUAUGCCACAGUCUUCUACACAUUCACUACAUCCAAACAGACUUCGUAGAACGCAGUCAUUAAUAGAAUUUAACUCCACGUUUGAAGACAGACAUCCUUUUUCUCCAGAGGAAAAUGCAAGAAAUAUAUAUAUUAUGUCAAAAAUGAAUUACAGACAAGUAAUACCAAACAAGAGCCAUCCUUUAUUCACCGAGAAACAUAUAGAUCCUCUGUGUUUCCACAAUCGGAAGAAUUAUGUGUUGCAUCCAUUGAAAAAUGUUUCCAAACCAUGUUACAGAUACUCAUCAUUUCGUGGUAAAAUGAAUCCGUCCCCAAACAAUUUUCCUUUUGGAAGAACGGAGGAAUAUCUUUUUAGACCUAAUAAUCACCAGUAUUUCAGGGAUGCUAACCGUGUCCCUGAUGUAAACUUUGAACAGGUGAUUGACCGGCGAUGUGACUAUGGGAAAAAAAGAGACAUAUGGCAAAGUGAACAUAUGCGUGACUGUGCUUCAGAAUACACAAAGAGUAGGGACCAUCCAGGAAGAGAAACUAGCAAAUUGUUGGUAAAGUGCUCAAAAGGCGUGCAAAAAUGUCCAAUUCAUGUCUCAGCUGCUUCGGAGAACCAAACUGAAUAUGGAGCCCCAAGUCAAAGUCAUUUUAGUGGAGACAGUCAAGCUCCUUUAAAGACAGUUGUUAAACCCUUUCAGACCAAGAAAAACUCUAAAAUGCAUGGCAUGGAAGAGGUGAAUGGUGCUGAUCAAUCAGACAAAAUGGAUAGCAUGGACAUAAAAAAGCCAACAUUCAUCCAAGCGUUUGGACAAGUAAAAACAAAUAAUCCAACUGAAUCUCAGAUGUCGCCUCCUAAAGCCUCUUCUCAAGCUGCCCCUCCUAUGAGUGUUUCCCUCCAUCCACCUUUUAUAUUAAAUUCAAAAAGGCAAGCCAAGGCAAAUUCCUCAAGAUGCAAUGAAAACAUUUGUUUAUCAAAUAUUCACACUAACAAUGGCCAAAGAAAUGAAGACAACAGCACUGAAAGCUACAGUGCAAAGCAAGCUUGCCCCCCACACCUGCAUGCUAAUCUUUCAAAGCUGUCGGUUCUUCGAAGUAAACCUCAAGAGGAACCCCAGUUGUCAACUUUGAAAGCAUUUAACCCUGACAGGAUGUUAAACCCAGUUUUCACCGAAGAUCCCAAAGUACUUCCAAACAAUGAUUUCCCACUUUCUUAUGCUGAAACACUCCACAAACCGAAUAGAUUUGUUAGAUAUCCGACUAGUAAUAGUAUUUGCGGCUCACCCAGCAGCAGCCCUCUCAAAUCUCCUAAAACGCCUAAGACGUUAUAUAAAAAAUCAGCUAGUAUUGAUGGCAGUGAUCUCUCUAAAGAACGCAUUUCUCCCCCUACGAGGAAAAUUCCUUUCAGAAAUAAGAGCCUGGGGGAUGAUAACAUAGAAGCCCAUGUACCCAACAGGCUUGGGAAUAUUAAUUUAAGUAAGGGAGAUAAGAGGUCUUUGUUCAGCUCCUCCUGCUCCUCCUUAAACCUAUCGUCCAAAGAAAUGGCUGAAGAAAAAAAUAAACAAAUUAAAAAGUACCACAUGCAUUUAAUUCAAGCUCCUAACUGCCCAUCAGGGAGUACUGCUAUAAUUGGAAGCAAGAGGAAAAAAAGAGAUGAGAUGCUUGGUCUAGAGAAAGCAAUUUUUCUUUCUCCUGAAAAGGAUGAAGCAGAAAACCCUUUGAAGCAAUAUAAAACCACCAGCACAUUGACCGUAAGCAUAGAUGAAGAAAAUGUAAAAUACCAUGAACUGAUUUCGGUUUAUUAUACUUUACCACAGAAACAUUCCAAAGCUUUGUGCGAUGUCUUCCUAGGAGAUGCCAAAAAGGCAGAUUCAUCCUCGCCCCCUGAAAAAUCCGAGACCCCUCAAAAGCGGUAUGAAGUUCGUGUCGGUAUGACAACAGUAGCUUUUCCAUCCAGCUUGGAAAAAGGAGAGAAAGUUAUUUCCCCUAACAAAAUGCCUGCUCCUGAUAUACAGCAGGAUUCCAAAAACACAGUCAACCCUGUUAAAGAUCCCCAACUUUCAAAUCCCAUUGUGGGAACAGCAGAUAUUUCUCAAGCACAUUGUUCAAUGAAUAAUAAAAAAGAAAUAGCUGUAUCAGGAAACGAAGAGCUGGGACUUGCAAUUUCCAAUAGGCUACCUGUGGAUGGCCCCAAACCCAGCAGAAAAGAGACUGGAACACUUAACACCAAUAUUUUGUCCAACCUGCACCUUGGCAGGCACUCUUCUCCAUGGACAGAGACACCAAAACUUAAUAAAAGCUUACAUCUUAACUCAUUAAAUUCCAAAAGUAUCUCUUUGGGGAAUAUUUCUGCAGUUUCUUCUGCAGUAAAUGGUCAGAAAGGGAGUCCUGGCUGCAGUCAGCCAUCUGCUGGAGCACUAACAAGUGUUCCUCCUUCCAAUUUAAUUGGCGUUAUCCAGGAUGGAAAGCCUACUGCGUAUCCAGAAGUUGACCCCCAAGUAAAUGUCACGAAAGAAAAAAUGAGAAAUGCUGCAGAGAUCAAAGAAAGGGCUCGUUAUAUAUGUCGCAUUAUUUCCGAAAGGGGACAUCGGUUUCCACCAAGAAAUGAAGAUGUCCGAAAUGAAAAAAUGUCCAUUUCAACAACCAAGAUGCAUUCAGAUUCCCAGAAUUUAACAGUGCCAGGGGAUGCUGCUUUUUCAGCUAAUGCAGUUGUUCACCCCAAAGGGAAUGCGGUGGAAUGUUCAAAGCCCCAACAGCAGGAGAUGCCCCCAAAUCCCGUCCUCCACAAAGUUGGCACAAAUUUUCAGAGGUCUGAAAGAGUCUGGGUCGACAAUGAGAUCCUUAGCUCUAAAGAUCAGCCUUCAGGUCCUACCCAAAUGCCUGAGCAUUUACUACCUGAAAGUAAGCCUGCCCUGGAUGGCCUUAAAAAUAAAGUUAAUGACCUAGAAAAAAGGAAAAAUAGGUCUUCAGUUAAAAACAAACUGGCAGCCAUGUGCAGAACAAGUCGGAAGUUUUCUAAUAAGAAAAACUCAAGUCCCAAGCCACACGUAAGUUGCAUAUUUCCACAAAACGACGCACUUCCUUUAGAGAAGAGCAGCCACCAUCCCCUGUUGAUUUCGCCCGAUGACUCUCAGCAAACAGAGAAUGAGAAUCAAAAUCAGGUUUCUCUACCCGAUGAAUUUGAUAUUCCAAGGCUGAGUAAAGUAGAAGCUAAGAAAUUGCAAGCUAACGAAGAUAGGAGGCCUUUGACAAACUUGUGCAACCAGAAAAGAGAACAUUCUGGGCCAAGCAAUAAAAAUACAAAGACCAUCCAAAAUUCUAGCAUCGUAUUUUCAAAAUCAAUUAUGCCUGUGCUAAACAACAAUUUACAGACAGGUAGCAAAGUUUUAGAAAAUAACAACCAUCCCAUUUUCUCAGGAAUGGAUGCUUACCCCCCUAAAAGAGGUCAUUGUAAAGUUGGUGAGCUUUCAUCUUUUCCACUUUUAUCUGAUAAACAUGCAUACAUUAAAAAUAAUUCAAAGGCAAAUGUGUCUCCACUGCAAAAAUUAACUUCUCAUACAGAAUGUGAUGAUUAUCAAGAUAAUGAGCAGUCAGACAUCUUUAAAAAUAUAAAUCAAUCCUGUGCCAAACCAGUUCUAAAUCUCGACAAAACCCAGCGUGAACGACAUUUUUCUGAAAGUUCCUAUACCCCAAAACUCCAUGAUUAUUUGCCCCCCAGAAACAACCUGACACAGCCCGGAUAUAAUCGGAAGUUUAAGUCCUACUCUGAACUGUUGUCCUGUGAUGAAAACGAAAACUGGGACACCUACAACGAGAAUAAUAGGACCUUUGGCUCGCGACGUAUCAUGUACCCCUCAAUUGAAUUUGGUAUUUUUGGGAAAGAACAACAACAGACUUUCUUAGAUAACAUAAAGAAGUCACUCACGGAAGGACGGUUGUGGAAUCCGUGUCUUUUAAAGAACUCCGGGUCUAUUAAAAGGGAAGGUGGUGGGUACUCCUUGUGUGGGUUGGAGCUGUUGAAAUCGAGUGCUACAGAGGAACAGUUCCCAAAUGAACCUUUUGAUUUCCACAAGGAAGCCUCUGCGUAUUCUUCAGAUUCAGAUUCAGAUUCUGACUCUGACACCGACACCACCACAGAUGAUGAGUAUUAUCUGCAUGAGUAUGAGAAAGAAUCAGAACUAUGAGGGACUCAACAGAGGUAGAAAGCAACUGCCUACUACUAGCUGAUUUGUUGGUUGAGUAGGGACUGGAAACCUGACUAGCUUUCUGUAAAUGCGCUAAUUUGAAUUCAGAUACUAAAUGGACAUAUUGCACUGAUCUCGUCUUCUACAAUUCUGCCUUGCCUUAAAUACAUGGACUUCUGGAAUUCUAAGAAAUAUUCUUGGAAUUAAGGUCCACAUAUCUGGGGAAUGCUCAGGUUAUAGAAACUCUGCAGAGAUGUAAUAUAUUUGGUUUAUUUAUAUUUGGGUAAGGUGCUGUAUGAACUCAAGUCACGGUGGCUUAUAAACUGUGGUGUGCUUUUUUUGUGUGUGUUGUUUAAAUUCAACCAACUGUGGUUUAUUCAAUAAACCAAGCCAUAAGUUAAGAGUUAUGUGAACCUAGCUAUUAUAGUGAUCUAUAAAUUAGUUUUAAAUGGUAAAAAAUUGCCCAUUUGAAUCUCCAAUGGCAGUGGAAAGAAUAAAGGAAUUGUCCUACUGGUUCUCAAAUGGGCCUGCCUGUUUUUUUCAGAGCAGGGUCUCUUGUACCAGUCAAUUUUGGUACAUAAUCAUAACAUGGCUGCAUUCAUCAGCAAUUGAAUGUUUGCGUUCAACCCAUUCGUGGCCUUUCUGUGUUUCAACAAAUUUAAAACGUCUCAAGGUUUUUUUUGGGGGGGGGGAGGAAAGAUUUAGAAUAUGUGUAUAUUUAGGGAGAAAGGGGAAGAUUCAGAAUAUGUGUAUAUUAAUAUCCUAUAUGAGAAUAUAUUCCUUUAAUUGGAAAAUGUGUGUUCUAUUAGAAACCCCAUUAAAGUGAAAGGAACUACUUCAAUGAGGUAGUUUCAAGUCAUGCUAAAGCUAUUGCAAGAGACUCAUUCAAAACAGUGAAAUUUUAAAAUGCUACAUGUUCACUGAUUUCCACUUUGGUGUGUUUUUUUAAAAAUUAGUCUAUGUACAAAAUAGGAUAUUCUGAAAUGCUUAAUAUCGUUAAAGAAGUAUGUAUGUACAGUAUGCUUUUAAAUAUUUGUUUAGUAUGGCAGUUAUACUUGAAAGUACUUCUAAAGUAUAUAUUUAUAUUUUA